GGCUGUCGCACACUAGUGCGUCAGAGGCGCGGCGCUUUAUGGCUGCCCUGUCUUACGUAUCGGCAAGCAUGGAGGUAGAGGGUUUGGAGCUGGGCGCCGCGGAGCUGGGACCUCUGGAAGGGAGUGACCAGAAACUAGAGGCAGAGGAGGAACAGGAGGAAUCUAAAGAGGCGGCUGGUGGCAGCAAGAAACGGGUAGUGCCGGGCAUUGUGUACCUGGGCCACAUCCCGCCCCGCUUUAGGCCUUUACACGUACGGAACCUUCUCAGCGCCUACGGGGAGGUCGGGCGUGUUUUUUUCCAGGCUGAGGACGGGUUCGUGAAGCGCAAGAAGAAGGCAGCAGCUGCCUCCGCCGCCGGAGGGAAAAAGCGGUCCAAGUACAGCAAGGACUACACGGAGGGCUGGGUGGAGUUCCGGGACAAGCGAGUAGCCAAGCGUGUGGCGGUCAGUCUUCACAACACGCCCAUGGGCUCCCGCAGGCGCAGCCCCUUCCGUUAUGAUCUGUGGAACCUCAAGUACCUGCACCGUUUUACCUGGUCCCACCUCAGCGAGCAUCUUGCUUUUGAGCGCCAGGUGCGCAGGCAGCGUCUGAGAGCUGAGGUUGCCCAGGCCAAGCGUGAGACUGACUUCUAUCUUCGAAGUGUGGAGCGCGGACAGCGUUUUCUUGCGGCUGAUGGGGACUCUACCCGCCCGAAUGGUUCCUGGGCCUUUGUCCAGCGUCCUACUGAGCAGGAGAUGAGGGCCCGGAAGGCAGCUCGGCCAGGGGGACGUGAACGAGCUCGCCUGGCUAACGCUCAGGACCAGGCCCGCUCCAACCGAGGGCUUCUUGCCAAGAUCUUUGGAGCCCCUACACCCUCAGAGAGCAGGGGGAACUCCUCACCGGUCAGGAACUCUUGAGGGUCAGAGAGGCCCCUUCCACCUCCUAGCCCAGCCCAGCGUCCUGUCUACCUUAUAAUGACUACCCAGGCGGACAUUCUGUUGUGUUUCUCAAACCAGGAGUCUGGUGAGUUCCUCAGAAGUUUUGUAGGCCUCUCCUCUUCCUCCUCCCAGCUCCUGUACAUGCCUGGCUGAGGCACUUAGUUCUUACCAGCAUGAUUAUGCUAGUCUGCUCAUGUCUGUUUUACCUUGUUCAGUUCUUGGCUUCCUGUCUUCUGCCCACUGGGACCCUUUAAAAGUCCUACUUUCUGGCCCCAGGAACGGCCUUUACCUUGAGUUAGCGUGAUAAUGGCUAGUCCAGACAGCUGUUUACCAACCACAUUAUUGGGCAGCAGCAACAUCCUUUUUAUUUAGAAAAGAUUAGUAGGGACAGGGGUUAAUGGGCUGGAGUGGCUUGGGAGCUACCUUCAAAAUAUAUUUAUAGAAUAGAAAAAGAUAUAUGUAAAUACAUAUUUUUAAACAUGCCUUUGUAGUUUAUGGCGUGGGGGGGGCCGGGUGGAGAUGGUCAUUGGAUAAGUUCCAACUUGUGUGUUGGACAGAAUUCACCCACCUUCGCUCCAUCUUCUGGACACAGGAUACCUCCCUCCAUUUUAACCUGGAUAGUUUUCCAUCUAAUCAGUUUCUUAGGCCAUGUUGUUAACACUUACCUAAUUCAACAUUUACCUAUCUAAUCAAUUUCUUAGGCCUUGUUGUUAACACUUAUUUAAUUCAACGUUUACUAAGUCACUAUAUGAGGACACAUGGCCCUUGGUGUAAGUCUUAUAGACUGCUAAGAAAGACAGAUGUUUAAGAAAUAAAUGUAUAGAAGUACUGUAGGCAUCAUGCUAGAUGUAUAUAAGAGGUAGAGUGAGGCCAUGGGAAGGCCUGAUUGAUUCUAUCUGGGAAAGUAAGCAACAUCCUGAGAAGUGAACCAAAGUCUGAAAGAGCCUGAUAUACUCCUGUAAUUGCAAACAAAACUCCAUGGAUGACGUGUUGGGUUCAGACUGUUGUGAAGGUGGGCAAAGCCUAGGAGGUAGUUGUGCACACAUGAUGUCCUUCUGGUGCAUUUAUACAUUUUGUCUACGCUUAGACAAGGGAAGGUUCACAAACAACAUGCAAAGCAGCUCUGGAGGUGAUAGAAUGCAUGUAAGCCACUGAUGGGAAAUGAAAACUCAGAUGUCAACAAAAAACUGAAAAAUAUCUAUACACAGCCUCAUAAUAGACUAAAAUUCUGGCUUUUAAACUUACAGGAAGUGUUAGAUCAAUAAUAGUAAAGUCAUUUGAGUUUUGUUUGUGCCAUUUAUGUUCUUAGGUUCUUUUUGUUCUUUCUACUUAACUGUCAUCAAUAUAAUUAUCAUUGUGUUCUUUGGGUCAAGUGGAUUCACCUACUUUGGCUCUAAAUAACUAAGCUUUGUUAAGCUCUCAA